UGUUGUAUGACAACAACUGACAGCCUGAAAUUUGCCCUACUGCCACCAACUUCAAGUUUCUUUCUUUUUGACGUGCACCUUAAGAAAUAUCGCGUGAAGAUGACGAUUCGCCCCGCUUACAGGCCUAAAAUUGUGAAGAAGCGCACAAAGCACUUCAUUCGCCACCAGUCGGAUCGCUAUGCGAAACUUUCGCACAAAUGGCGUAAACCAAAAGGUAUCGACAACAGAGUACGACGUCGUUUUAAGGGCCAGUACCUGAUGCCAAAUAUUGGUUAUGGUUCAAACAAACGUACUCGUCAUAUGCUGCCAACCGGUUUCAAGAAGUUUUUGGUCCACAAUGUUCGAGAAUUGGAAGUGCUGUUGAUGCAAAAUCGCGAAUACUGCGGUGAAAUUGCUCACGGCGUAUCGUCCAAGAAGCGGAAGGAAAUUGUUGAGCGUGCCAAGCAGCUGGCGAUUCGUCUUACCAACCCCAACAGUCGCUUGCGAUCACAGGAGAACGAAUAAGUUUAAAUUUGUCGCUGUUCGUUUUUAUUUUCCUCAACAACUUAAAUAGAAAUUAACUCCGAAAAUGUGUAGUAUUUUACAUUUUAA